UUUUAAUAAUACUGUUACUUAUAAUUAUUGCAUUUUAAAUAUUUAAGGUUAUUUAACAAUUAAUUUAAAAAAUGGAAAGUGAAAUAUAUGAGCAAGAAGCUGAGGGGCAACGUAAAAGGAGAUCGUCAAUAUUUUUUGCUCCUGAAGAAGAAGUCGUCGUUGAUGUAAAAUUUAGUAGAGUUCACUACCCUGCUGAUUAUUACAACAAACUACAGGAAGAAUACAGGCAAUGGAAAGAAACAUUACUUGACUUAAAAAAUAGUUUUCUUAACUCGAGAAAAGAAUUACAAGAGAAUAAAAAGCACCCAAUAGACAUGGCGCUACUAGAUAAAGAACAGCAACAGUUCUUUAAAAAUGUGCCAGCAGUUUACUUCAACUAUAUCAAAACAUUUCAGGAAUUCUUAGAUGAGGUACACACUGCAUCAGUUAUAUUUGAAAAUGUUACAAAAUGUAAAAAGGUGCUGGCAAAUGAUUUAGAAGAACGAGUAAAAAGUACCGACAAAAAUUUAAAAGAACAUUUGCGUACUGUUUGCAAUAAGUAGAGUAAAAUAUUUCAUAAACAAAAAUGUAUGUAUAUAUAA